CCACCACCAUAAAGACAUUCAUGUAAAGAUCCAUUAACUACUUCCUGGAUGAACACAAAUUUGUGUACACUUAGGUUAAAGAAAUUGAAGGGUUUUGAGCAAAUGGGUUCUCUAAUGGCAGGUUGGGAUUCACCUGUUCAUGAUCCCAAAACUGUGAAAAUCCAGAGGAACAAGUCAGCGACCAAAGAGGAGAUUGAGGCUUACUGGAGAUCAAAGAAGAAAGAUGAGGAAGAACAUCUUAGAGCUAUUUCUGACAUGUUAACGAAGAGCAGUGAGGAAAGCAUACUCAAGGAGCCUGAAAGAAAGAUUCAGAGAUCAAGCUCUGUGCCUUUGUCCAACACAAAGGAUGGCCUGCUGGAUAUGGGAAUUGAAACAAGCUUUGAGAAACUUAUAAAGAAAAACGGAUGGUGGACUAGGUGCACCUCUGCAUUUCUGAAUGAGCCUCCGGUGAUUGCAUCAGACAGCGGCCCUGCUCACAAGUACCUAUCGCAGUUCCACGUGGCAGGAAUCGCCACCCCGAAAUCACACACCGGCACUGGAAUUAGUACUACAUGAUUUCUGAUCCGGUACUAAUAUAUGUUUGAUUGUGUAUGUGUAUAUGAGAAUCAGUUUGUAUGAUAGUAAUACUCUGUAGAAAUAUACAGUACUAGUGUUUGUCCAUGGCUACGGCACUACCGGAGUGCGUAGUGCCAUAGGCAUGGACAUUUUUGUAGUAUAUUUGUUUUUUUAAGCCAACUUCAGAAGCCGAACAGUGGGUAAAAAGAACCGAUGGCAUUUUUGUAAUAUAUUUGUAAGAGUGUGGGUGUUUUCUUAAGAGAGUUGGAGAGCACACAUUAGCCCUUGGAUCAAAUGAAUCUCAACCAUUUUUUCAAUUU